AUGGCGAGCACAAAAGAAAGCACAUUCGUGCCUACGCCAGUCGUGCCAUUGCCACCUCCAUAUGAGGCGACGGCUUACCCGACCGAGCGGCUUCGUCGCCGCGUACGAGUCCGCCGCUGGUUGUCACCCCGAACACUCCUGAGUCUGGUAAUUACAAUCUGUGUGUUUUGGCUGUGCAUUGCAAGUCGUCCUGUCCUUCGUGUCUUCGCUGGCGUAACCGACAAACAAUUUGCCAAUGCCCUUGAACAAUGCCAAGCUCGCCAUCGCUUCCCCUCCAAGCCUGACCCCGUCUCCAGAACCCAAAAUUCGCGAUGGGCCGCAGAGUACGGCCAAAAGCAGCGCAUCAUCUUGAAAAAUGCGACACUCUUUGAUGGCGGAAGCUUCACCAACUAUGCUGUGGACGUUACCUUCUCAAAAGGGCUAAUUGAGUCCGUCGAAAAGUCUGGCAAUGGAAGCCACCCUGAGGGUGCUGUUCUCUACAAUCUCCACGGGCGCUAUGUGACUCCGGGUCUGGUAGACAUGCACUCACACCAUAUGGUUCAUUCAUGGCCAGCAACGGAAAUGACUUCGGACAGUGCCGAGGUUCACCCUGACACCAAAGCAGUUACAGGGCAAAUGCGCGUCAUCGAUGCACUCAAAGCAUACGAUUAUGGAACGGUUGUUAUCGCAUCUGGCGGUGUCACGACUUCUCUCAUUAUUCCCGGCUCGGCCAAUCUCAUUGGAGGCGAGGGUGCUCCAGUAAAGAACGCCCUCUACAGCGGUGCCAAUGCUGAGCCGAUCGUCGAGGAAGUACUUCUUGAGCGUGGCAUACCACAGCACGAGCGUCGCAGGUAUAUGAAAAUGGCCCUUGGUGAGAAUCCGAAGCGCGCGUGGGGGUAUAGCCGACUCGGAAACGCUUGGCAUUUGCGUGAGCACUUUCAAAAAGCCAAAGGCGUGAUGCAGUCGCAAGACGAGUACUGUGCGGGCUUGGACGUUGCCAACAAAGGGACGCUCCAGUUCAAAGGCAACUUUCUAGCUGAAAAUGGAAAGUUUCCUUUUGAUCUCGAGCUAGAGAGCAUUGUUGCUCUCCUUCGGGGUCAAGUCUCACUACACAAUCACAAUUAUGAGCCCCAAGAUCUAGAGACAAUGAUUCGCAUCAGCGAAGAGUUCGGGUACAAAAUCUCAGGAUUCCAUCAUGCAAUAGAAGCAUGGCAAGUUCCCGGCUUGUUGAAAGAGCGAGUUCCCAACAUCACAAUCGCUACGUUUGCCGAGUUCAGCCUGUACAAGCAUGAAUCAUACUGGCCCAGCCUCUACGCCGGUCACGUUCUUGACCGAAAUGGCAUCAAAGUGGCAUACAAGUCGGAUCAUGUGGAGUCUUUUACCAACGCCAAGUAUCUGCUUUCGCAGGCGGCUGUUGCUCAUGCAUUCCAUCUACCAGCCGAAAAGGCGUUGCAAGCAGUCACCUCUGUCCCUGCUGCAGCUAUUGAGCAGGACCACCGAGUAGGUUAUUGCAAGACAGGAUACGAUGCUGACAUCGUUGUUUGGGAUGAUCACCCUCUCAAUCGUGGCGCAACGCCUCUUCAAGUUUUCAUCGACGGCAUUCCGCAAUUGAACGACGCCCUCGUUAAAAAGAGCACAGGCUCGUCCUGGGUUCAGCCUUCAGCAGCAGGAGCCCCGCCUCGGGUCAAGCCCCAAGUGAAGUAUGAACCUAGCGAAAAGACUCGUGUUGGCACUUGCCAGACGAUGACUGGGGCGAAUGGCAACCUGGUUAUCUCCGGUAUUAGCCGGGUGUUUUUCCAAGACUUUCCCCAACUGGCUUUCAAGAAGUCUGUCGCGGAGACAGGCUCUCUUCAAAUGAUUCUAGAAGAUGGUAAAGUAGUCUGCGCUGGAACUUUGGGGGUUUGUAGAGACAGCCGCGCGAAAAUCGAAUCGACAGAGGGUUAUGGCAGCCUCCAACUCACGAACGGCCACGUUGUCCCCGGAAUGAGUGCCCUUACCAACGCCCUGGGCGCGAGAGAAAUUGCAAUGGACCCGAAUACAGGUGAUGGCAGUGCCAGUGGCCAAAAUAUUGCUAAUCCCGACAGCGUCAUGUAUGCCAAACACGCCGCUUUGCUUGAUGGCAAGAACUUUGCCCGUGCUCGCCUAGGCGGAAUCACUCGCGCAAUUACGGCCCCUGUCACCGAUGGUCCCGCCUUUGUAGCUGGCGUCAGCGUUGAGAUUCUGACGAGCGGUAAAAAAAGCCUACUACACGGGGGGAUUGUUCAGGAAGAUGUCGCACUUCACGUGGCACUAGGCGAUGCUGCGAUUAACGACGAGGGGACGGGAAGCAACGGCAUAAGGAAACUACGAAAAAUGUUGAGUGACGGCCUAGGCAAAAAUAACCAGACUGUGUAUGGACGAGUAGCCACGGGCCGUCUCCCACUUCUCGUCCACGCAGAUAACAAGUACGAAAUUGAGCAACUGAUAUGGAUAAAAAAAGACUACCCACAAACAAACCUUGUCAUAGUUGGUGCUAUGGAGGCCCCUUUUGUAGCCAACGACCUUUCUACGGCAGGUAUUCCAGUCAUUUUGACGCAAGACCGUGGUGCUCCUACUAGCUUCCGUACUAGAGACGGCUUCGUGGGACCGCCACUUACGCGCAGCAUUGCUAGUUAUCUCAAACAAGCUGGCGUAAAAUUUGGCUUGGCAUUACUUGAAUUAAGUAUGCCUUCCGAUUACAAAAUUCAUGACCUGCUACCAGAGGCCGGUUGGACGGCAAAAUAUGCAGGUCUCAGCGACUCCGAGGCAGUGGAUCUCGUGACUAGCAACAUUGAAGAAAUCCUCGAUUUGAAUAAGAGAAACAGGGACAUUGUGGUCUAUGAGGGAAAUCCGCUAUAUUAUGGAGCUACGGUUGCGAUUACUCUGGCUGCGAACGACGAGACAGGCAGACUGGAAGUAGUCGGGUGCUUUCCGAGAGACAAUGAGCUGGUGAUUACCACCGACAGUGUAUAG